AUGCAGCGAAAAGCCUUCAUGCCUCCUUUUGUGUUUCGUGGGCUCAAAUCAAAUGGUUUUCAACAGUUUGGACCUGAAGAAGAUUUGAGUGAUAAGGAGGAUCUCCAGCAAAUUCGUCUUGAAAUCGAAAAAGCAAAACUUCGCUUAACAACGCAUCCUACUGCUAUGAUCAAUCUUGAUUUGAAAGGUGUGGGGAAGUGGAAUUACGAGGAUCUCUUCAAAUCUAUUGAAAAGCCUAUUGAGGCGGCAUUAGCUGAUGCAAACUUGGAACCUUCUGAAGUGGAUGAGAUUGUUCUUGUUGGUGUGGAAAACAACUCUUCAGUUGAUUUAUGUGUUCUUAAGAAUUAUUUUCAAAUUCAAAUCGACAAUAUUGUGAAUACUUAUCCAGGUAUAGCCCAAUCUUUCAGCAAACCACCUAAUUUUGGUGUGGAUCCCGAGUUGGCUGUUGUCGUUGGUGCUUCAGUUCAAGCGGGAGUCAUUGGCGGCGGUUGGCCUUUGCAGCGAAGUAUAUAA